CUUUAGACUAUGUCAUGGCAUCAUGGUUAAAUGCACCAAGAAGGUCAGCAUCACUGGUAAACAUAGGACCUGCUCUAAUGAUGCCCGCUGGAAAGUGGCAAAGAAAACUGAAAUCAGCUGGCAUGUCAAGUACAUCGGCUCCUUCUGGGGCAAGACCAAGAUGAAGAAACAGGCCAUUAGCAUCUGGCACUGUAGUUCCUGCAUUAGAACCGUGGCUGGUGAGGCCUGGACCUGCAACACCCCGUCGAGGUCAGUCAAGUCGGCCAUCGGAAGACUAAAGGAAUCGAAAGACCAGUAGAAAUGGAAUCAUUUGAGAAAUCCCUAGCCUACAAUAAAUGGG